AUGGCGCCGCAAGAUGAUAGAAGGCGGCCUGCCGCUCUCAACUUGACUCCCACGAGAAAAUCGUCUACUAGCUCAUCUUCCACAUCAUCGCUCAAGCCACCAAGGACGCCGAGAUUUGCGGAAGCUACUACAGUUCACUCACCAGUAGAGCAACGGAGUAUGCCGUUUGGAAGAGACGGGUCACAUGUAGCUCAGGCCCAACCGGCCGAUGUUGGGUUUGGAUAUAUCAACGACGACACGAGAAAGGAGCCAGUAAACAUGCCGAUGACGCCGAAGUCGCCUCUGAAGAGCGCAAUGAGGGUUCCGGGCACGCCAGCGAGGAAAAUUGAGAACCCCUUGAGCCCGACAUUCAGGGAAGAGGAUAUCCUAGAGAAGCGGGAGAAAGCCACCGAGAAAGAGCAAGAACGGGAUCUAGGCAUAAAAUCAAAAGUGCGGAUGGCCAAAUUCGCGCUCCGAGGCGUUAGCUUCAGUUGCAGUACUAUCAUUCUCGCUAUGCUCACUUCCUCGCUCUCCAUCUUCCACGCCACCAAGAGUCUGCCAGCACAGAACGGCCUGCCGCCGUGGGCGACGGGUACAAGCACCUGGCCGCAGAUUCUCGUGCUGGCUGUUUCUUGCGUCAACCUCCUCAUCUGCAUCCUCGUCUUCAUUGGCUACUGCCGAGGUGGUCACCACCGCGCCGAGAAAGUCGGUGUCUACUAUACGCUAUUCGCAGUCGGCUGGUUUAUCGUUUCCGUAAUCCUAUGGGCGGCCGCUGCUGGCGUUAUCCAGUUCACGAGGAACAACAGCGGCAACCAGGAUCUGUGGGGAUGGUCGUGUGUCAACAAUAAACGUUCCGAGCUCUUCUCGCAGAAGGUUGAUUACGAACUCGUCUGCAGACUUCAGAACUGGGCCCUGAUCUGCAUCAUUAUCGAGAUUGUGAUCGAUGUCAUCACGAUCACUCUGUACAGCGUCGUGUUCUACAGGUACUACACCAAGCGACGCCUGGCCAAGUCGAUGGACCUACGAGACCGCGCCAGGUCUGACCUGUAUCUCGCCCAACUCCGGUCGCAAUCAGCGCCUAACACACCAGGCUUUGGCCCCAAGUCGCCAUCCUUCUCGCAGUACGCCAUGUCGCCGCGCUUCCCGCCGUCGGCCUACAAGUCGCUCGGCGAUAUCGAGGAAGGACAAGCACCCUCGUUCACACCGGGAGCCCAGAUCGUCGAGCCACCAUCCGCAUUUGCGAGCCAAAACGCAAAGGCGGCCGACAAGCCGUUCAAACUGCAGGCUCCGCCAACCAAAGCGCCCUCUGCCACCCCCAAGCUAGGCCAGGGUGCAUUUAGGACACCCACGACCCCCGAGGCUCCUAGCCACAGCUUCAGCAACAACUUCAACGAGCACGGUCCCGUCGCACCUGGCGAAGUCCAAUACGACGCAGUGCCCAUCCCAGGAGCAUAUGCGGAUGCGGUGAUGAAGAGCCCGCCACCCAACCAACCGAAUUUCGGACACGCGCGGUAG